AUGAAUAUGAAUACAACACACGAUUCAAGUCGUGAUCUUCGACGUACUCGAUUAAUACUUCUUUCUACACUUUUUUUUGUUGGUGUAACUGGUUGUUCAUUAGUUUUCAUAUGGUUAAUACGUUAUACUCGAUGGAACACACGAUCAGCUCGAAUAUGUUCCCUUAUUCUUAAUUUAAUUAUUGCCAAUUUAUCUGUUUAUAUAUUUGCUACUGGUAUACAAAUAUAUUGGGAAUUACAAACUAAUCGACAAUGGCCGUUUAAUGAUCUACUUUGUCGAAUUGCAAAAUUUUUUCAAAGUUUUUCAAUUCUCUCUUCAACAUAUAUUGUUGUUGCAAUGGCUAUUGAUCGUUGUAUUGCUAUUGUUACUCCACUGAAAGCUGGAAAAAUUCGUGUACUCUAUUUAUGUGGUAGUGCAUGGAGUCUAGCAGGUCUAUUAUCAACACCGAAUAUAUUUAUAUUUCAUUUACAUGUUAAUGAUACACUUCGUUAUUGUACAGCAGUUUUUAAUCAUCACUCAUCUCCUACAGGACGUCGUAUUUAUUUAACAUUUAUUUCACUUGUUGUAUAUUUCAUACCAUUUCUUGUUCUUGUUCUUUCUUAUGCACUAAUUUUUAUCAAAUUAUUAUGUCGUGAACAUGAUCAACGAGACUGGUUUAUUAAUAGUUCAUCAUCAUCAUCAUCAACUUAUCGUUGUUGUUCAAAAUUAUUUAAUAAUAAAAAAAUAACAUUUCCAAAAAAACUGAAUUAUAAAACAUAUAUGAAUUCAUUAUCAAAUUAUUCAUUAUCUAAUGAUUUACAUAUACAACAAAAACGAGUAAAUACAUAUGCAAAAGCUCGAUCAAAAACAUUUCGUAUGAUUAUUGUACUUGUUCUAUUUAUGGUUUUAUUUGGUGCACCAUACUAUUGUUUAGAAUUAUACAUUGCUUAUACUGGUCGCAUACCAUCAGAUUUAGUAUUAGCUUUAGCUGGUGGUGCAGCUGUAGCACCAUCAUCGAUAGAUCCAUGGGUAUUUCUUUUAUUUUGGGUUAACUGGAGUGAACCUGUCAAUGUUAGUAACAGACGACAACUAAUUAAUUCAAACAUACAACAACAACAACAACAACAACAAUACGUUCAGUUAAGACGAAUCAAUCGAUUAAAUACAUCAGUCUCAUCAUCAGCUAGUGAAUCACAUCAACGUCAUAUUCUUCUAACCAAUUCAUCGCAUCUAUCACCUUACUAUUCUAAAUGGGAUACACAAGUGUAA